AAUGUCGGCUGUCAAACUUUGAAUCUGUCAAAGAAAUGUGAUUUUGUUCUUUAUGGUGUGUUAAUUUAAUUUAAUUUUAAAUAAUAAUCAUUAUAACACUUUCAAGUGCCUAACAGUGAUUUAAAAUAAAGAGAAAUAUGGCUAAAUUUAAAUUGAAGAAACCAUCAAAAAGACAGCCAGCAAGGCUCCGUUACAAAAUAGAAAAAAAGGUGAGGGAGCACAAUCGUAAAUUAAAGAAGGAGGCAAAGAAAAAUCCAAAAUCAAAGAAACCCAAGCCUGUACAGAUUCCAAACAUAUGCCCUUUUAAAGAGGACAUAUUGAAAGAGGUUGAGGCCAUGAAAAAGCAUAAAGAAGAAGAGAGACAAAAAAGAAAGGAAUUGGCGAAAUUAGAAAAGCAAAAGAAGUUAGAAGAAAAGAAAAACAGUAAUAUCAGCAUGGAUACAUUGGUAGCAAAUGCUGAAGCGAGAGGCAAAGUUCAUGAUGCUUUUAAAGCUAAUGAUAACGAAACUGAUCAAGUUGAAUUUGGCAAAGAUAGAAGACAAGAGAACUCACUCAAAACAUAUUACAGGGAGUUCAAAAAAGUAAUAUCAGAGGCUGAAGUCAUUCUAGAAGUAGUAGAUGCGAGAGACCCUCUGGGUACAAGGUGUGCUCAAGUGGAGGAAGCAGUAAGAGAAUCGGGCAAGAGACUUGUCCUAGUACUAAACAAGUCUGAUUUAGUGCCGCGCAACAAUCUAACGGCUUGGCUUACAUACCUACGCAGAUCUGCGCCAGCUGUGCCGUUCAAGGCAUCCACACAAGAUCAGCAACACAAUUUGGGAAGGAAAAAAAUGAAACAUAUAGUCAAAGAGAAAGAAAUGAAAGGUUCAGCUUGUGUAGGGGCUGAGCUUUUAAUGAGUUUACUGGGUAACUACUGUCGCAAUAAGGGGAUCAAGACAUCGAUCACAGUUGGAGUAGUGGGUCUACCCAAUGUCGGCAAGAGUUCCAUCAUCAACAGUCUGAACAGGUCCAAGGCUUGCAACGUUGGCAGUACUCCUGGCGUUACCAAACAAAUGCAGACGGUCCAAUUAGACUCAAAGAUCAAAAUCUUGGACAGCCCUGGUAUUGUGUUUCACUCAGGGUCGGAGGGUGAUGCUUCUGUGGCCCUCAAGAAUGCAAUCCGUGUGGGCAGCCUUAAGGACCCAGUCACACCUGCCACUGCAAUACUGCAGCGGGCCAACAAACAGACACUCAUUGAUCUGUAUAGUGUACCGGACUUCAAUAAACCACAGGAAUUCUUCGCCAGUCUAGCGUCACGUAUGGGCAGGUUCAGGAAAGGCGGCGUGCCUGAUCAAGACGCAGCUGCUAGGAUAUUACUCAACGACUGGAACAUUGGAAAGGUGCGGUAUUUCACGGAGCCACCGGAAACUCUCGCCUCGGAGGUUCACGUAGAUGCGAAAAUCGUCACCGAAAUAGCUAAAGAAUUCGAUAUCAACUCGUUCGAGGCGAUGGAGACGGAAGCUAUGAGCGAGCUAGAUGCACAUAGGACUGAUGGCGAAGCUGUUAAGAUCACAAGUACUGGUCCUGUUAGUCUACUAGACGAAAAUAUGCAAGUCGACGAAGAUGAAUCGAGUUUGCUCCCUAAAGCGCUAAAUAUAAGGUCGAAAUUAGAUAAAAGCAAUAAAUCCAAUGAGCGCACUAAAGCUGACCCCGAAAUGCUUCUCGAGGGCAACACAAAGCAGAAUAAAAUAAGGAAAAUGCAAUUCAAAAAGGACAAAAAGAAGAAAGUGAGGAAUGAGAAGAAAGCUGUGGAUUUAGCUGGUGUCCUUGAAAAUGUUACUCUAACAAAUGCACCCAAAAAGGACGACUACGAUUUCAAAGAAGCCUUCUCACUUUAAUAGUUUUGUAAAUGCUGUUAAAUAAAGGCAUUAUUGAAAAAAAAA